UGAGGAUGAGCAGACAACCCGGUUAACACGGAGACGAAGAUCAUUCGUUCGGUUGCGCUAAGCGAGAUGCUAAAAUUCCCAUCACCUCAGCCGCAAACGAUCGGAUAAAAUACAAUGUUACCCCUUCUCCUAGCGAAGAUCUUCAAAUUCGUCGCCCAUCCCAUGCGGAUGGCUUGAUAGCCUUAUUCACCAUCACUCAUUCGCACCAGUUGGUCGCACCGUUAGCUGCUGGAUCGUUAAACCACCAUCGACACCAGCAGCAGCAGCAGCAGCAUGGCGACCCCAGAAGCAAACCUACGAAUGGUACAACAAAACGACGAACUACACAAGGUCCGGGAGAUACGACUACCACUGCCCUUCGGGGACGUUGUGUGCAAAUGGUGGGGUCCUAGUGAUGUGCGACCGAUCGUAUGCCUUCACGGUUGGCUCGAUAAUGCCGGUUCAUUCGAUCGCUUGAUACCGCUGCUGCCCCGCGAGAUCAGCUUCCUGGCGAUCGAUCUACCUGGCCAUGGCCGAUCGGCUCACCUACCGGCCGGCGUUGCCUACAAUGCUCUCGACGUGCUUCGGUUGCUACUACACGUGAUGCAGCUGUACGGUUGGCAACGGAUUUCGCUCAUGUGCCACUCGAUCAGUGCCGUAAUGGCGUACGUGUUUGCCGGUAUUUUCCCGGAGCGUGUGGAGAUGUUGAUCUCGUUCGAUUUGGUGAAACCCUUCAUCCUGGAUCCCGAUAUGUCGCUCUUCUUGUUUGCUGAUUCUAUUCCCAAAACCCUCGACUUCGACACGUCCAAUCGUCAGGUUAAGCCUGCCAAGGCGUACCAGUACGAUCGACUCGUUGAGCACAUGCACACCGGAUUUCAGGAAUCGAUUAGCCGUGAAGCGUGUCACUAUCUGCUGUACCGGGCCUUUAAACCGGUGACCGGUCGACCGGGAUACUACUGGCGCGUAUCAGAUCAACGGGUACGGCAUAACCAUGGGCUGGUUUGGUCUCACGAGCUCAACCUCUACAUUGCACGCAAGAUAAAAGUGCCCUUCCUAUUCCUAAAAACCACCGAGACACCCAUCUUCGAGGAUCCUCGGUACCACCAGGAAACGAUCGAUACGCUCGUGGCGUGCAAUGAACGGUUCGUGAUGGGUACGGUGGAGGGCAAACAUCAUGCCCAUCUUUCGAACCCCGAACGUGUUGCACCAUUUGUGAGCGACUUUUUGACCAAAUACUGGACGAAAGACAAUUGGCAAGUGAGUAAACUCUAGCGUUGCGACCGUGACGCGUACACGUACAUGCAGUGCAAUAAUCGUUAGCUAACGAAGCGAACUAGACUUUAUGAUCUUCGGUGAAAGUGAAUUGUUGGGUUUGGGAAACCGUUUUUUUUUUUAUCCAAAGAAUAUAAGCACAAGGUCAA